UGCCAUCACCGCUGCGCGCGCCUGCCACGGGGGAAAGGGCAAAGGGACGGCUCGAGAUGUGUCGCGUAAAAUACAGCUGAGCGCGGAGAAGGGAGAAGGAGAAUCUAAAGGGACAGUGGACCGGAACACUACGAGAGAGUGUGUGAGAAAGGGAGAGCGAGCGAGAGGGAGAGAGAGAGAGAGAGACAGAGAGCGCGCGCGGCUCCAGCAGGCUGACAAAGCUGCACUCCCUCGAAGUUUGACAUACCCAGCGGGCUGCGUCGCUGCCAUGGAGCCUCGGAGGUGCACCGGAUCUGUAUUGAUUGGAGUUUACCUGUGGACGACCUUCUGCUGUAAAGGUUGCCAUGGCGGUGAAUACCAAAGGAAGCUGUACCGUGACCUGAUGGUGAACUACAAUCGUCUGGAAAGACCUGUCCAAAACGACUCUGCACCCAUUGUUGUGGAACUUGGCCUCACGCUGCUACAAAUCAUUGACGUGGAUGAAAAGAACCAGGUGAUGAUCACAAAUGCCUGGCUGCAGCUGCAUUGGACAGACAUUUACCUUUCGUGGAGUCAGGAGAGCUACCCCGGGGUGCAGAAUCUGCGCUUCCCUUCUAAUCUGGUAUGGGUUCCAGAUAUCCUCCUCUACAACAGUGCUGACGAAAGGUUUGAUGCUACGUUCCACACAAACGUGUUAGUAAAUUCUUCAGGAUCCUGCCAAUACAUCCCACCAGGCAUUCUGAAGAGCACCUGCUACAUUGAUGUGCGCUGGUUCCCAUUCGAUGUGCAGAAGUGUGACCUGAAGUUUGGCUCCUGGACACAUGACGGCUGGCUGCUGGACCUCCAGAUGAUGGACGUGGACGUCUCCACCUACAUCCCAAAUGGGGAAUGGGAUCUUGUUGGUGUGCCGGCUAAACGGAAUGAGCUGUACUACGACUGCUGUAAGGAGCCAUAUCCAGAUGUGACAUUCACUGUCACUAUGCGCCGCAGGACGCUUUACUACGGCCUCAACCUGCUCAUCCCCUGUGUGCUCAUCUCUGGUCUGGCCCUGCUGGUCUUCCUGCUCCCUGCUGACUCUGGAGAGAAGAUCUCACUAGGCAUCACAGUGCUGCUGUCUCUCACGGUGUUCAUGCUACUGGUCGCAGAGAUCAUGCCUGCCACUUCAGACUCCGUUCCUCUGAUUGCCCAGUACUUUGCCAGCACCAUGAUGAUUGUAGGCUUGUCUGUGGUGGUAACCGUCCUGGUAUUGCAGUUCCACCACCACGACCCCCAUGGAGGGAAAAUGCCCAAAUGGGUCCGAGUGAUCCUACUGAACUGGUGCGCUUGGUUUCUCCGCAUGAAGAAACCUGGAGAGGAAAACCGAACCACUGUGAGUUCCAGUUGCCCCCCAGACUACAAAAACUCCCACCAUCCCCCGGAGCACACCGGCUCCAGCAGCAUCCAGGUGAGCUCCGUGCCGGGCCAGGCGUCCACCCUGCCAACCGCGACCAAUGGGAACGCCAACCUGUAUCAUGGUUACCACCCUCGGAGCUCAGACAACCAUUCAUUCCCACCAAGCACCGAGUCAGGCGUGGUAAUGUGCGCCGGCGGCCAUCUCAACGGCUCCUCCCCACGUGAGAUCCACUUGGAACGGACUGUGCUGCUGGAGCAGGUUCCGGAGAUUUCGAGGAUCCUGGAGGAAGUGCACUACAUCGCCAGGCGCUUUCGGGAGCACGACGAGGGAGAAGCGAUCUGCAGCGAGUGGAAGUUUGCAGCGGCAGUGGUGGAUCGGUUGUGCCUGGUGGCCUUCUCGCUCUUCUCCAUCAUCUGCACCUUCACUAUCCUCAUGUCGGCUCCCAAUUUCAUUGAGGCUGUGUCCAAAGACUUCACAUAAGGCCGAGCUCGUCAACAAGGCAAAGUUGACAUUGGAAGCUUUGUGGCGCACCCGUCUCGCUGCUGCAAACUAUGUGAAGUCACACGAGGUUGAGUUAUUUCAAAGGGGUUGUUCAAAGUCACAGUACAAAGCCAAUCUUUUCCUCUUUCUCUUUAAACGAAGGCACAGCUAGUGUAUGAUUAAUUGUAGAUGCAUCUGGAUUACACAAUUACUUGUUGUAUAUAAAUUCACCACAUAUGUGGGAAUGGAAAUAGUAAUGAAGUAAAUAACUCAUUACUAAAAUCUAAAUGGUUGUCAUAUAACCCGGGCAACUAUGUAUUGACAUUGUCUCAGUGCUUUUUUUUACAUAUGUAAGUAUUUAAUUGAUCCUUAUUCACCACUUUUUCUUUCUUGCCAUUCACACAAUUUCGGCGCGCUUCCUUUCUUUCCCCUGAUCCUCUCAUUUCCUUUUUCUUUAGCGUACAUGUGACUGUUGCCAUUAAAAUGAAUUCUUGAGACAUUUGCAGAUCUGCUCCUUUCACAUUUAUUAUAGCUUGAAGUAAUUUCUGGAGGGAUCCAACAACAAAUUUAACUUCCAAAAACAUAUUCCUAUAGACGAUGUUUAUGUGACUUCUGCACUGGUUACAUAAGUCUUGUUGAUGAUGAAGUAAAAAAGAUGAAUGCAAGUCGUAGUCUUGCAGUAGUUUAAACGAAUUUGGAAGGUACAUCAUCCCAGUGUCGAUGUAUUCGGUACUAUCCUUCUGUAGUGCCGAGUGCUUUGUUAUUUUACUCAGCGAAAGGCAAAAACGUUCUUAUCUAAUCUCUGGUAAUAUUCAACAAGAAUGAAUGGGACCUCGUAUAUAUAUUUAUACCACACAUGUCUAAAUGGUAAAUAGGGGGGGUUUUUUCACUGGAGAAAUGUUGGACUAUUCUAGUCCAUUUGUCUUUGCACAUUUGAUGAUUAUAAGCUGCAGGUGUAAUGAUAGAUGAAGAAUAAAAGACUAGCACUAAUAAACAAAGAGCACAAAGCUGUUUCAUGAAUUUCUUUUUAAAAGGAAACUCAUACUUGGUAUGUUAUUUUGAUGUAACAUACUGUACGGUGGGUCUUGGUUGCUGUAAGAAUGUGAUUAAAUAGAUUGAGAAAUAGUUUUUCAUCUUGGAGAGUAUAUAUUUAUAGAAGAGACAAUGUCUCUACAUACAGAAUGUGUAACUUGGACAAACCUAUGUAGAAACUUUGUGAAAUAACCUCUCCCAUUUCUAUUGUUAGUCAUGCAGAUGUCUAUUUAUUUUCUUUCAUGUGAAUAGCAUUUAUGGCACUGAGUCUGUUCAAUGUUAAAUGAACAAAUAUCAUUAAUUACAUAAUUAUCUUCACUGAACAUGCAUAAAGAGAAUAUGAUGUUAUCGGUUAAAGACAUUCUGCAUUGACCAAUUAAAGCUAUGUUGAAGCAGCAACCAUACAAUUGAUUUGAAUAGAUGUGUUGCACAUGUGAAACUGUUUACUGAUAUUGCAAAGUACACUAAAAACGGAGUAUAUGACUGUUUACUAUUUCUUUUUAUACGUGUGUUGUAUUUUGUAGUCUUUUGUGUGGUCUUUGCCUCUCUGCUAAGUAUACUUCAUUCUUUCAAAAGAUGUACAUAAAUGUCCACUGUACAUAUUUUUUUGUGAAAAAUAAAAGGGAAAUGUGAUCAUUUGAGUGUCAUUUGAGUGGCUGUCAUGCAACAAUUAAUAUAAUAUAUAUAUAUAUUUUUUUUAAAUGCUUUCAAAAGUUGUAACCACACACCCACACAU